AUGCCUUUUAUUCCACAUACUCCAGAGUCCCUCCUCUCCAGGUCCGAUUCCAAGAACCCAGCAGUGACCUGCAGAGGCCUUACGUCGAACGGCCGGUCAUGUCGAAGAGCAAUCUCCAAGAGUCCUCAAUCUUCUCCAGGACCAAGUUCACCAGGAGUACUAAACCCAGAAGGCUUCUGUUGGCAACAUCAAGAUCAAGCAGCAGCCCACACUUCCCCUUCAGCCUCACCACAACGCCGCGACGGCACGAUUCGAGAACGAACAAGUGUAGACACAUUGGUUGAUCGAUUGGGUCUGCUUGAGGUUGAGCAGAGGAAAGCGCGUAGACGCCAUCAGCGCAGCUCAUCCUCUGGCUUCCACAAUAAGAAAGCUACGAAUGAUGGCACCAAUCCUCCCCAGAUUUCGGAAAAGCGAAAACCCCCAGAUAUGCAAAGGCCCAAGCGGAAGCCGAGGAGUAAUUUGGUGCUUCUCUGUUGUAUUGGGGAGGUAGACGAAAGCAGAAAGGCACCAAGACCAAUCCACAAACCAGGCGGGGACACGACUGUUACCAUAUCUACGCACAAUCGUUCUAGUAUACCGACGAAAGAGAAAUUCAACAGGCCAUUGAUAGACCGCGAUCCUUCUUCCCAAACGGGAGAGUUCCUCUCUCUCAUCCCAGCAGCCACUCCACCACAAACCACAGCAUUAUUACUCGUCGAAUUAGCCAAACCAGUCUCAGAAAACGAUGACGAAGGCUUCAUAUAUAUGUUCUGGCUUACCCUGGAAUCCCUCCCAGCAGAUCCCCCUUCCGAAACUGCAUCCUCCUUGCUCGCCCCUCCCGCACGGCCUAGUCAUGGCCAUAGACGAACCUCCGACGUCCUAAAUACCUUUUCGUCGACUACCCCGAAUACACAAAAUAGGAAAACGAUGCUUCUGAAGAUUGGGAGAGCUCAAAACGUACAACGGCGUCUCAAUCAAUGGACGCGGCAAUGUGGAUAUAAUUUGUCCCUCAUACGUUACUACCCUUACCAUCCAACAACGAUGCCGGAUGGGAACGAGACGCCACGGACACCGAGAAAGGUCCCUAAUGCCCAUAAGGUGGAGAGAUUGAUUCAUAUCGAGUUGAAUGCAAAGCGAGCACAAAACAGCGGUAAAUGUGGCGCUUGUGGGAGAGAGCAUCGAGAAUGGUUCGAGGUGGAUGCCAGCAGGGAAGGCGUCAAGGCGGUAGAUGCUGUUAUAAGGCGCUGGGUUGAUUGGGGCGAAAGACAGGCUUCUAGGUGA